UUUAGUUGUUAGUUCGCUUAAGGUGUUUACCAACAGUUCAAUUAAUCCAAGGCACCUUUUUAAUGCUUGGCAAAUGAAUGAAAUUUACAAUUUAAAAUAAAGGGACAAUAUCUGAUCAAUACACAAACUCCACACACCCACCGCCACAAAUUAAACCGUGCCGCACCAUUGCAUCGAGCACAGACUUAAGCUCCGCCCUUUACUAGGAGGCUCGCAGAGUGUGUAGUUCUACACAGCCAUUGGGCAGCGCAGCGCAGCGCUGGGUGAACAUGGCUGCGAAGAAAGCCCUUGAGGUGUACUUAGAUAUGCUAUCACAGCCAUGCAGGGCUGUGCACAUCUUCCUAAAUCACAAUAAAAUACCUCAUACAGUUAAAACUGUGGCUCUGCGGAAGGGUGAGAACAGAACGGCGGAGUUCACCAAGCUCAACCCUAUGCAGAAGGUUCCUGUCAUGGUAGACAAUGGCUUUGUUCUCACUGAAAGUGAUGCCAUAUUAAAGUAUAUGGCCACCAACUACCACGUCCCGGAGCACUGGUACCCCCGGCAGCCCGAGAGGAGGGCCAAGGUUGACGAGUACACCGCCUGGCACCACAACUACAUCCGGCCUCACGCUGCCAAGGUCUUCAUCAUGGAAGUGCUAGUACCCCAUAUGACCAGGCAGCCGGUGGAGCAGCCUAAGCUGCAGAGGGCACUGGAACAGCUGGGCGACACGCUGGACAAGCUGGAGGGAAUGUUUCUGAAGAGGCAGCCCUUCCUCUGCGGCGAUGACAUCACUCUGGCCGACCUGCUGGCCGUGUGUGAAAUAAUGCAGCCCCUAGGUGGCGGCAGAGACAUUCUGAAGGGGCGACCCAAGCUGGAAAGCUGGAGGAGCAGGGUGAAAUCGGCACUGCGGGGUUCUUUCGACGAGGCACACCAGAUUUUGUAUCAACUUCAAGACAAGUCCACAUCCAAGCUGUGACCAGGGCUGAUGUACAGAAUGCAGAUGAUGCAGGGAGAGAUUGUCCACGAUCUGAGACAUGCACUUAAAUUGCUAAAUAAUUAGAUUUUGCAGCAUUUUACUCACCUAGAAAAAAAUCCAGUGUCUUCUUAAACACUAAAUCUAAAAAUCUAAUCCAGAAUAUUUUUAUGAGUGGUAGGUUUACUUCAACUACUAGACAAAAUCUUGAAUAAUAAUAAAAAAUAGGGAUUAAACACUUAGAUCAUUCAAAUUAUAGCAACAAAAAGGCAGGAACAUACAUUCACAUUUUAAAAAAUGCAAGGAAAUAAAAUAUAUUUAAUAAAAAUAUACAAAACUAGUAAUUUAUUAAAGAAAUCAAACAAGGAAAGUGAUGUGGUGUGUUGAUACUGUGAUUCCUUUUAGGCGAAAAUUAAAAAGAUUUAAGAGGUAGAUUUCAUUCAGUCUGAGCUGAAGAAGAGUCUUGCUUCCUCUUUGCUGGAAAUUCGUCUUUAUCUUCUAAGGGCCGUUUUCUACUGGUGGAUGGCUGAAGAUACACAUUUUAUUGUCACAAAGAGCUGUCCUAUGACUUUCUAGACCAUGACAAAACUAAUCCAAAAUGGUACGAACAGAAAAUACAAUAAAAAAAUGCAAUCGCU